AGUCUUGUCUUGGUUGGCUUGUCAUUCUUCCCCUUGGUAUACCGCAUUCUAGAUACAAGCAUGCAUUUUCCCUGUUCUCCGUUUGGAGUUACAAUGACAAUGCUGCUUGGUCUAGUAUUAGCAAGCUCUUUAAUGGCUGCUUCUGCUAUUAAUUUUAAUCAAGAUUUCGAAAUCGCAUGGGGCAAUGGCAAUGGAAAAAUGCUCAACAAUGGGGAGAUGAUACAGCUUUCCCUUGAUAAGUCCUCUGGUUCUGGGUUCCAAUCUAAGAACGAAUAUAUAUAUGGAAGGUUUGAUAUGCAGAUCAAACUCGUCCCUGGAAACUCCGCCGGCACUGUAACCACUUUCUAUCUAAAGUCUCAGGGAGACAUUAAUCAUGAUGAGCUUGAUUUUGAGUUCUUAGGCAACUUGAGUGGAGAACCAUAUACUCUCCAUACCAAUGUAUUUUGCCAAGGCAUAGGAUUAAGAGAGCAGGAGUUCAAACUGUGGUUCGACCCAACCAAGGACUUCCACACUUACUCCAUCCUCUGGAAUCCCCUAAAUAUCAUCUUCGUGGUGGACAACAUUCCAAUCAGAGAAUUCAAGAAUAGACUAUCUGAAGGAAUUCCAUACCCUCAUAAUAAACCCAUGAGGCUCUAUUCUACUCUCUGGGAUGCCGAGGGCUGGGCAACAAGAGGAGGCCUUGUUAAGACUGAUUGGACCAAAGCACCAUUCAAUGCUUUCUAUAGAAACCCCUGCGUGGCGUCUUCUAGAGGGGUUCCUCCUUGUGGUUCAAAGUCGCCAUGGCAAUCCCAACAGCUAGGCCCAAGAGGUCGAAGAUAUCUCAGAUGGGCUCAGAAGACUUCCAUGAUCUACAACUACUGCGACGAUCGUAAGCGCUACCCUAUUGGUCAUCGCCCAAGAGAAUGUAGACGUCUCAAGCUCCAUUAAAGAUCGAACUUCGUACUUUCUCUUCCAAGUUGAUGUUAAUAUUCCAAGAUCAUUCUUUAAUUUUUUAAAUUGAUUUGUUUCCUUGGGUAAUUUUUCCUGUCAUUGAGAGAAACCACGGAUGGUGCAUCUUCCAACCUAUGGACAUCUACGGUUAAAAAAAAUAUAUAUAUCAUAUAUUUUGGGCAAGGAAAUGCUACCCACUGGUGCAGAUACACAUCAGCACCGUCAAUGUAAGGGUUAGCAGCCAAAAGUAUCUUGCGUGGUCUUUCUACACUCAGUGUCUAUUCUUGUAGUUGCACCAAUGGGGAGGAUUUUUUCUUCCUUUUUAGGGACGACAUCAAGAAAAAUUUAUGAAAAAGAGUUUGUUGAGCGAAAGUGUAGGAGGAAAUCCUCCAAGCAAGGACAAAAUGUACAAGAAAUGGUGGAGUAAUCCACCAAACUCACAAAACACCCAAAUAAAGAGCUUUUUUCUACUAAAAAAAA